AUGGAAAUUCUACGCGUAGCAGUCAUUUGUACUGCUCUUUUACUGCGCUCCGCGGCCGCUGUAGAAGUUUUAAACAAUAUUUUUCAACUCGGACUGGCCAACGUAAUAGAACAAUUUAAUUCGGCUGUACCCAAACAAAAUGACGUAUACGAUUUCAUUAUUGUGGGCGCUGGCGCUGCAGGUUGCACUUUGGCUAAUCGGCUGUCCGAGAACCGCAUCUGGUCCGUUGCGCUCCUCGAGGCUGGCGGUAUUGAGAACAUCGCACAUACUAUCCCCGUAGUGACGGGCUUCCUGCAAGGCACACAUUCCAAUUGGGGCUACAGGUCGGUGCCACAAAAGCGCGCCUGCUUUGGCAUGAACAACAACGAGUGCGCAUUGCCACGCGGAAAGGUCCUAGGCGGCACCAGUUCCAUCAACCACAUGAUCUACAACCGCGGCAAUCGGCGCGACUAUGACAGCUGGGCGGCUGCGGGCAGCAUAGGUUGGUCGUACGACGAAGUGCUGCCAUACUUUCUCAAAUCAGAGAAUGCCCGUUUAGCUGGCUUGGAAUCAUCACCCUAUCACAACCAUUCUGGGCCGCUGAGUGUCGAGGAUGUGCGCUUUCGCACCGAUUAUGCACACGCGUUUGUACAUGGCGCACAGGAAGCCGGACAUCCACGUACAGAUUACAAUGGCGAGUCACAAUUAGGCGUUUCAUACGUACAGGCCACAACGCAAAAUGGACGACGACACAGCGCCUAUCGCGCCUUCAUAAGACCUGUGUAUAAAGUGCGUCCAAAUCUACGCAUUUUCACUUUUGCGCACGCACUUCGUGUACUCAUAGAUCCGGAAACAAAGAUGGCUUAUGGUGUGGAAUUCCUGCACCAGCGAAAGAAGCGAUACACUUUUAAGGCGCGUAAGGAGGUUAUACUGUCCGCGGGUGCUUUCAACUCACCGCAGCUCUUGAUGCUGUCCGGUGUCGGACCUGCAGACAAUCUAAAUGCUAUUGAGGUGCCCGUGAUACAGGAGUUGCCCGUGGGCAAACGCAUGUACGAUCACAUGUCGCACAUAGGGCCUGUAUUCUUAACCAAUACUACAGGACAGACGACCUAUCCCACCAGCAUCACCUUGAGUGAUAUCAAGCGCUUCUUUCUGUUUGGCGACCCGGGAACUCGCCUCUCCAGCAUUGGUGGUGUAGAGUGUUUAGCUUUCAUUAAAAUACCCAGCUCUCAAAGGCCGUCCGAUUGGCCAGAUGUCGAAUUGAUAACAGUGUUGGGCGGCAUCGUGUCCGACGAUGGCACCGGACUGAAAGAGGGCGGAAAUAUCCGCCAGGAUCUCUACGACCAGUUGUAUCUACCUUUACAGCUGGCGCGACAAGAACACUUUACUGUGCUGGUCAUGGAUUUCCACCCUAAAUCAUUCGGACGCAUUUGGUUGCACAAUCGAGACCCUUUGCGCGGGCCAGUGAUUGAUCCCCAAUAUUUCUUCAACGAGGAGGACAUCGAACACCUAUUAGAGGGCAUCAAAGCAGCCAUACGCAUCGGUGAAUCACCAGCCAUGCAACGCAUUGGCGCUCGGCUAUACGAUAAACUAGUGCCAGGUUGUGAACAAUACAUUUUCGGCAGCGACGAGUACUGGCGCUGCUCCAUACGGACUUUGUCCUACACGCUGCACCAUCAGGUGGCCACAUGCCGCAUGGGACCGGCAACAGAUAGCACGACAGUGGUCGAUCCGCAGCUAAAGGUGCAUGGCAUUCGAAAAUUGCGCGUUGUGGAUACGAGCAUCAUUCCCUUUCCGCCAACGGCGCACACAAACGCGCCGGCUUUUAUGAUUGGUGAGAAGGCGGCCGACUUGAUACGCGGCGAGUGGGAAGGCGGUAAGUGUAAUGAUCAGGUGUAA